AUGAAAGAUCAAGAGUUUUAUCCAAAAUAUAGCUUUGAAGUGAGCAGUGGAGAAGAGGCAAAUCACAAUGAUAUCAAUUUAGACGUGAAUCCAAAUUACCAAUUCCCUGAAAUGCCUAAAAAACCUUUAUUGUGUGCAUGUGCUUUACUUUUAUCUGGAAUUGUGCUAUUUGUGUUGGGGAUUGUUGAGGAAUUUACGAAUUUUGAAGAGCCUAGCAGAGGAAUUGCAUUUUGGGUGCUUGGAAGUUUAACAAUUAUUCCAGGUGGAUAUUUCUCAUUUCAGUAUUAUAAAGCUUAUAAAGCAAAAACUCCAAUUGACAGAAUGAAUAUAUUGAGAAGUAUUCCUGACAUGAACUAA